AGGGCAGAGGAAUGCAGUGAGUGCAGGUGGAGAUAAAGGGAGUGUCCUUACCUGUACAAUUAAAGUCAAGCAUUCACAACCACACUGUCAUCCAGAACAGGUCCAACACGCAAGGGGCACACACAUACACUGCAACAUCACUCACAAGUACUGGAGCAACUCUGCAUCCAUGGAGGCCAAAGAAUCAGGAGAAAAACCCAAGCUCCAGCUCUUCGUCAAGGCUAGCGACGAUGGAGAAAGUAUCGGAAAUUGUCCCUUCUCCCAUCGCCUGUUCAUGAUUCUAAUGCACAAAGGAGCCCCCUUCACCCUCACCACUGUCGACAUGAAGAGGGCCCCAGAUAUGCUUAGAGCCCUUGCUCCUGGCACCCAGCCACCGUUUAUUGUCUACAACGAUGAGGUCAAAUCAGACAUCAACAAAAUCGAAGAGUUUCUGGAGGAGCUCUUCUGCCCACCAAGUUAUCCCAGUAUGACUCCUAAACACAAAGAUACCAACACGGCCGGUAACGACGUCUUCCACAAAUUCUCGGCCUACAUCAAGAACCAGCUUAGUUCCCAGGACAGCCACGUUGAGAAUAAUUUCCUGCGCUCACUGGUGCGGUUAGACAAAUACCUCAAGACACCCUUGCCAUACGAGGAGAAGAUGAAUCCCCAACUGAAAGUCUCGAGCAGGAAGUUCCUGGAUGGCGAUCAGCUGACGCUAGCAGACUGCAACCUCUUACCCAAACUGCACAUCAUCAAAACUGUGUGCAAACAUUACCGCAAUUUUGAGAUUCCAGGGGAACUUAUGGGUAUGAGAAGGUAUCUCGACAACGCCACACAGCUCAAGGAAUUUCAGUAUACCUGUCCAAACGAUGAGGAAAUCCGUCUGUCUUACCGUUCCGUGGUCAGGCCGAUGAAGCAGUGAGAUUGGAUCUGGCUUCCCCUUCUCCAAAAAUGUGGUGCAAUAGGAAAGAAAAUGCAGCGUUGUGAUCAAUUUAAAAACUAUUUCAGCUGAACUGCUCGGUCCUCCCACUACUUGUCAGUCAGCCCAUCAGCCUGGGGGCUAAGCGGCUGCUGAAAGAAAUGCCAUAAUACAUGAAAUAAUGCACACCAUAAACA